UAAUAACAAGACAAUUAGUGAGAUAUGGGCAACGGCUACUCUAAUUCUCAAUUCCGGAUGGUCCCAUUCAACAGAACAGCAGCAGCCCAGAAGCAGCCUUCAGUGAAUUCUGCCUUUCAUUCUCCCACACCAAACAAGCCUUUAGCCGAUUCUGCCUUUCAUUCUCCCACACCAAACCAGCCUUUAGCCAUUUCUGGCUUUCAUUCUUCCACACCAAACAAGCCUUUAGCCAUUUCUGACUUUCAUUCUUCCACACCAAACAAGCCUUUAGUCACUGCCUUCCAUUCUUCUUCACAAUGGAAAAACCACUUUAAUGAAUCAAAGAAAUCCAACAAACUGAUGGUUAUUUACUUCACAGCUACAUGGUGUGGACCUUGCAAGAUCAUGGAACCAGCCAUCAAUGAAAUGGCUGAGCAAUAUAGGGAUGUGGAGUUUGUCAAGAUAGACACUGAUGAACUAUUUGAUGUGGCUGAAGAAUUUGAGGUGCAGACAAUGCCUACAUUUAUACUGGUGAAGGGUGAGAAAGUGUUUGAGAGGAUUAAGGGAGCACAAAAAGAAGUUCUUCGAGCCACUAUUCUUAAACACAAGAACUAAUGAUGUCUCAUCUCAUACCUUAAAACGUAUGAUCGAAAUUAAUGCAAUAAAUAACGUCUAAACACAUACGUAGUACAUACUACGUAUUAAUAAAUCAUAUUGUCCGCCAGACGGUAGUAUUAAUAUUGUAAUCAUCACAAAAAUAAUGAUACUUUAGUUGUCAUGAUGAGUAGAGGCUGUAGAGCAAGUAUGAAUAAAUUAGUAUAGGGAGUAUUAAUUAUACUUCUCUUGGAAAUAUA